UACACCUUAGCACAGGGCCCCUACUACCACCGACUGAUAUAAAAGGACGUUGUUUCGGGAGUAGAUCAAUCACUCUACAGACGACAGGAAGGAAAGACACUCCUCAUCGGAUCCAACUAAAGACAUCAUGAAGGGACUAUUACUCGUCUGCUGUCUGACAGCUGCUGCCUUCGCACAGGAAAAAAAGAACGAAGGAAACACUCGUUUCUUUGGAGGAUUAAACCCAGGAUUUGGUGGUGUUAAUCCAGGACUUGGAGGUGGCUUUGGAGGUGGUUUUGGAGGUGGAAUCAACCCAGGCUUUGGAGGAGGAUUCGGAGGAGUUUCCAAUACCUGCAGACGUUGGUGCCGAACUCCCGAGGGACAGGCAUACUGCUGCGAGAGCAACAAUGAACCUGACACCCUUCCCUUCGUGAAGCCAGGUGUAUGCCCUCCCGUUCGCCCUCAGUGCCCACCCGUCAGGAACUUCGCCCCUCCACAGACAUGCUCCAACGAUAGCAAGUGCGGAGGCGUCGACAAGUGCUGCUACGACAGGUGUCUUGAGGAGCACGUGUGCAAACCCCCUGUUGGGUCUUCUGGCUUCGGUGGAUUUGGUUUUGGAAGAUAAUUUCUCGCCUCAGUUGGAAGUCUUAUCAUUGCCAAUUUUAUUGCAGUCAGUUAUAUUACAAUCUAUUAUUUCGAAUGCAUGUAUGCCAAAGAUAUCAGUAAAUACAUUUCAACACAUUUAA